CCCCCCGCCCGCCCGGCCACGCCCCUGGGCGGAGUCGGAGGCCAUGGCGUCAUCGGGGGCGGGGCCGGCGGCGGGAGCGGCGCGGACGGGAGUCGCCAUGGAAGAGCCGGCGGUGCCGGGGCAGCUGCGGGCGCAGGGCAACGAGCUGUUCCAGGCCGGGGACUACGAGGCGGCGCUGGCCGCCUACACGCGGGCGCUGGGCCUGUGCGACCGGGCGCCGGAGCGCGCCGUGCUGCACCGCAACCGCGCCGCCUGCCACCUCAAGCUGGAGGAUUAUCUCCAAGCAGAAGCCGAUGCAUCUAAAGCCAUCGAGGCGGACGGGCGUGACGUGAAGGCGCUGUUCCGCCGCAGCCAGGCGCUGCGGCAGCUGGGCCGGCUGGACCAGGCCGCCCAGGACCUGCAGCGCUGCGUGAGCCUGGAGCCCCGGAACAAGGCCUUCCAGGAGGCGCUGCGCGACCUGGGCAGCAGCGUGCAGGAGAAGAUGAAGGCCAUGUCCUGCACGGACUCCAAAGUGCAGCAGAUGUUCCAGAUCCUGCUGGACCCCGAGGAGAAGGACGCGGACAAGAGGCAGAAGGCUGCGCAGAACCUGAUCGUGCUGGCGCGCGAGGAGCCGGGGGCGGAGAAGAUCUUCCAGAGCGAUGGCGUGCGCCUGCUGCAGCAGUUGCUGGAGGCGGGCGAGGCUGACACCAUGCUGGCCGCCCUGCGCACCCUGGUCGGUCUCUGCUCUGGCCACCGCUCCCGGACCACGGCCAUCCUGGCGGAGCUGGGGCCGCCGCGCCUCUCAGGGCUGCUGGGCGCGGAGCAUGAGCAGGUCUCGCUGGCGGCCUGCAACCUGCUGCAGGUCAUGAUCGACGCGCUCAAGGAGGGGCUGCAGCGGGACGUGCGUGGCAAGGAGGACGCCCUUGUGCUGGACUCCUCAAAGGAUCUGAAGCUGCUGAUCAAGAGCCUCCUGGAGCUGCUGACACAGGAGGAGGCAUCGUCGCACGGCCGUGACAACGCGCUCAACCUGCUCAUCCGAGCUGUGCCCCGCAAGUCCCCGCGGGAGCCCAACAACAGCCUCACGCUGUGGGUGAUCGACCAGGGGCUGAAGAAGAUCCUGGAGGUGGGGGGCAUGGUCCGCAGGGCCGCCGGGAGCCUGCCCGUGACCGAGAACAGCUGCAUGAGUGCUGCAGUCCUGCUCAGCAAGCUCUACGGGGACCUCAAGUGCGACGCGGAGCGCGAGAACUUCCACCGCCUGUGCGAGGACUACGUGAGGAGCUGGUUCGAUGGGCACGGGCUGGCUGGGAAGCUGCGGGCCAUCCAGACGGUGUCGUGCCUGCUGCAGGGCCCUGCGGAGGCAGGGAACCGGGCACUGGAGCUGGACGGCAUCAUGGAGAGCGUGCUGUCGCUGUGUGCCUCCUCACACGAGGCCGACCAGCUGGUGGCCGUGGAGGCCCUGAUCCAUGCGGCCGACAAGGCCAAGCAUGCCUCCUUCAUCACCGCCAACGGCGUCACCCUGCUCAAGGAGAUCUACAAGCACAGCGAGCGUGACAGCAUCCGCAUCCGCGCCCUGGUGGGGCUCUGCAAGCUGGGCUCUGCCGGCGGCACCGACUUCAGCAUGAAGCAGUUUGCCGAAGGCUCCACCCUGAAGCUGGCCAAGCAGUGCCGCAAGUGGCUGUGCAACGAGGCGAUGGACGCAGGCACACGGCGCUGGGCGGCCGAGGGGCUGGCCUACCUCACCUUCGACGCUGAUGUCAAGGAGGAGUUUGUGGAGGACAAGGCUGCUUUGCAGGCCAUGUUCCAGCUGGCCAAGUCGGAGGACCGGAGCGUGCUCUUCGCCGUGGCCUCCACGCUGGUGAACUGCAGCAACAGCUACGACCACGAGGAGCCGGAUCCCCAGAUGCUGGAGCUGGCCAAGUACGCCAAGCAGCACGUCCCGCAGCAGCACCCCAAGGACAAGCCGGACUUUGUGCGGCGGCGGGUGCAGAAGCUGCUGGCUGCCGGCGUGGUGUCGGCUCUCGCCUGCAUGGUGAAGAGCGAGACCCCGGCGCUGACCAGCUCCUGCCGAGAGCUCAUCUCCAGGGUGUUCCUGGCCCUGGUGGAGGAUGCCGAGGACCGGGGUGGCGUGGUCGCCCAGGGAGGAGGAAAGGCCCUCAUCCCGCUGUCCCUGGAGGGCACCGAGGUGGGGCAGGCCAAGGCUGCACAGGCCCUGGCGAAGAUCAUCAUCACUUCCAACCCCGAGAUGGCCUUCCCCGGAGAGCGGAUCUACGAGGUGGUCCGGCCGCUGGUGAGCCUCCUGCAGCUGCAGCGCAGUGGCCUGGAGAACUUCGAGGGGCUGAUGGCUCUGACCAACCUGGCGGGGACCAGCGAGCAGCUGAGGCAGAAGAUCCUGAAGGAGAAGGCGGUGCCCAUGAUCGAGGGCUACAUGUUUGAGGAGCACGAGCUCAUCCGCCUGGCCGCCACGGAGUGCAUGUGCAACAUGGUCAUGAGCAAGGAGGUGCAGGACCUGUUCCUGGCCGAGGGCAGCGACCGGCUGAAGCUGCUGGUGCUCUACAGCGGCGAGGACGACGAGAAGCUGCGGCGGGCGGCGGCGGGCGCGCUGGCCAUGCUCACCUCGGUGCAGCCCCAGGUCUGCCGCAGGAUCCCGCAAGUGACGGAGCACUGGCUGGAGGUGCUGCAGGCCUUGCUGCUGAGCGACAGCGCCGAGCUGCAGCACCGCGGCGCCGUGGUGGCGCGGAACAUGGUGGCGGCCGACCGCGACGUGGCGGCGCGGCUGGUGGCGAGCGAGGCGCUGGAGAUCCUGGCCGUGCUGGCCGAGCAGCACGAGGACAAGCCGCGCGUGGCCCGCGCCGCGCAGGACAGCCUGGCGCGCGCCGUGGCCUACGGCCUCAUCCAGCCCCACCCGCAGCGCCCCUGAGCCGCGCCCGCCGCGCCCACGCGGGGGCGCCACCGCGCACGGGAGGCGGGGCGAUGCCGCUGCGCCAAUACAGCACUUUGCACCCAG